AAUAAUAAUAUGAAAGAGUUUUACCCUGAUGAUAAUAGUACUGAUAGUGAACCAGAAGGCGUGGCUGAAACAGAUGUUCAAACAAUCAAAAUAGAAAGUAUUGAAGAGGCAAAGUUGAAUGAAAGUGAAGAUGAGAGUUACUACAAUGAGGAAGAAACGCAAGAACAGGCAUUAAAUCAACAAUUAGAUUUAAGUGAAAAAUUACAGAGUUCUAUGAAACUCGAUAUCCCAGCUUGGGAUAAGUAUAAUCUGGAUGAGUAUGGUGAAGAUAAAGAUGCUGAAGAGGAUAUCAAUCAAGGAAGCAGUGAUAAAUCGAAAAAGAAAUAUAUAUCUGUGAAAGAAAGGCGAAUGCUAAAAAAGCAAAAGCAAGAUGCUAUUGGGGAUAAAGAUUCUAGAACUCUUGUACCGUCUGCCUCUGAUUCGCCUGGAGAUUUAGCAUCACAAAAAGGAUCCAAUGUUUCUGGGAAAGGAAAGCAAACAAAAUCAGUACAAACACCUCGUGGCAAAAAAGGAAAAUUGAAAAAAUUGAAGGACAAGUAUGCUGACCAAGAUGAAGAUGAAAGAUCCUUACGCAUGGAGUUGCUCGGUUCAAGUAAAACACCUCAAGUCAAAGGCAAGAAAGGGAAAAAGGAAGCGCAGAAUCAAACAGUUUCUAAACAAACUACAAGUAAUUUGAAAGAGAAUUCAAUCGACUUGAACAAAUAUCAAAACGAUACGCAAGAAGAUCCAACAUCUCAAAAUCAGGAAGCGGAACUUGAAGAGCUUGACGAAAAUUUGAUUUCAGGAAUUAAAAAUGAAGAUGAAGAGAUUCGUCAACUUUUGAAGGAAGAAAAUAUUACACUUUUGGAAUCUGAUGCAAUA